AUGUCUGAUCAGGGAUCGCCGCGAUAUGACGAUUAUCAACAGGGUGAAGUGCCGGCAUCACCGGAUCCGCAAUCACCGUAUGACGACAACUAUAAUGCUCCGGAAUCGCCAGAUGCAGCAGCCCAAGACUUGUACAAAGAUGAUUCGGCUGGCGAGGUGUUGACGGAGCAGCAAACACAAGAAUCCGCGGAAUCACCGCCAUUGGAGUCUCCUGAAUCUCCACCGCCGCAGGAGCAAGAAGAGCAGCCGUCGAAUACUAGCUCAAAGCGGGCUGUUCUUGAAAGCGAUGACGAUGAAGCUGGAGCAUCAAACAAGAGGGCGUUGAUUGAAUCAGAUGCUAGCGACGAUGAAAGGCCAGCAAAGAAGAAGGUUGUAAUGUCGGACGAGUCUGACGAUGACGAUGAAGCUUUAAAGGAGAAAAAAGCGGCAGAGUUAUUCGGGGACGACAGCGAUAAUGACGACGAUAACGCUGAAUCCAAAACAAACCAGGAUGAUGAGGACGGGGAGCACGAGUUUGAGGAGAAGGAGGAACAGGAGGAGACUGGCGAGCAGCAGCAGCCUGCGGGUGACAGCGAUGAUGACGACGGCGUGAUACGCGAUGACGAUGAUGAUCGUCGAAACGGCGGCUUCGAAUGGGAUUUCGACAUCAUGUUGAAGCAGAAGAAGGCGGAAAGAAAGAGACGGGUGAGACGGCACGGAAAAGACGGUGGAAUCGAUAUCAUCAAUGAUGAUGAUGGAACAAUCAGCUAUCUUGUGGAGAGGAUGAAAUCGGCGGCAAAAGCUGACCGCGCGUCGAACGGAGCUCGCAAACCGGCCUUCCAGAAGGUCAAACUUCUUCCUGAAGUGAAGGCGAUGAUGAUGAGGGCUGGUAUCGUCGAAGCUCUGGUUGACAAUGGAUUUAUGAGCGCAAUAUCGGAAUGGUUGGCGCCGCUUCCCGAUAAAAGUCUCCCCGCAUUGGAUAUUCGAAUCACAUUACUCAAAUUGUUGCAUAAUCCGAGAUUUUGGAAGCUUGAUAGAAGCACAUUGAAACAAUCGGGUUUGGGAAAAGCUGUAAUGUUGCUGUAUAAACACCCAAGUGAGACCAAAGAGAAUAAGAUGAUCGCGAACAAGCUGAUCGGCGAAUGGGCGCGUCCGAUUUUCCAGCUUGACACUGAUUAUAGUACGUUGACCCGCGAGGAGCGACUUCAUCGCGAUUUUGAGAGAAUGCCUGAGGUUAAGAAGAAGAAGCUCAAAAAUUUCAGCAUCAACCUUAACGGAGAGGAUGAUGAGCGCGAGAAGCGAAAACCGCAAAUCAAGGAGCACGCCGAUUUUGAAACGACAUCGUCUGGUGAAUUGCGACCGGGUGAUAAGGGUUAUAUCAAUCGGGCUCGUGUGCCGAAGCCAUCGAGCCGCGAUUAUGUUGUGCGGCCGAAAUGGAAUGUCGAGGGAGAAUGCAAGGAGCGCAAAGCCACUGGCAUCCGACGCUAUGAUCAAGCGCUUCGCGAAUUUCAAGAGCGAACUAAGAAAUCGAAGGUUUCUCGCGCGGUGUGCGUUUCGCUGGAAGGACGCAAUUUGGCUAUUUGA